AUUCAUCGAAAUUUAUCAUUACAAAUCACGCUACGCCGGUGAUGUGGCAUGCGAACUGGAAGAUGAAGUUUUCCUUAUUUUGGCUCGCUAUUGUGAGUCUUCUUCCAUUGUAUCUUGGGGCAAAAGAGAAUCUCAUUCAAGAAAUAGAUGAUCUCAAAGAGUUUAAAAAGUACAUCAAAACUAAACCUAAUGUGCUGGUUGUGUUUGCUAAAAAUAGUAAAGCUCUCUCACAGUAUAGACGGACAUUCAGUGAAGUCUCUCAAGAGAUGAAGGGCAAGGCCUCACUAGUCAUUGUGGACUGUGGGGAAGCCAAAAAAUUGUGUAAAAAUAUGAAAGUAAAUCCAGCAAGUAUUGAAUUAAAGCAUUACAAAGGUGGAAAUUUUAAUAAAGAUUAUGACAGGAAGAUGGUUACUAAGUCCAUGGUAAAUUUCCUGCUGGACCCUACAGGGGAUAUACCCUGGGAAGAGGAGUCAGGGGCAGAAGAUGUGGUCCAUGUAGAAUCCCCCAAGGCCUUCAACAAAAUGCUCAAAAAACAGAAACAGCCUAUGCUUGUCAUGUUUUAUGCUCCCUGGUGUGGGUUUUGUAAAAGGUUAAAGCCAGAUUUUGCUGCAGCUGCCUCAGCACUAAAAGGAGAAGCAGUUCUUGCUGGGAUAGAUGUAGAUAAGCCCCAUCAGAUGGAGCUACGAUCAGAGUACAACAUCACUGGCUUCCCAACUCUGUUUUAUUUUGAGAAAGGGAGGAAGAAGUUUGCCUAUGGAGGAGAAAACAAUAAAGACGGCAUUAUCAGCUGGAUGAAAGACCCCAAGCCUCCUCAACCUAAGGCAGAAGAGAAGUCGUGGUCUGACGAGCCGUCUGACGUCGUACACUUGACUGAUGACAACUUCUCCACAUUCCUGGCAGAAAAUCCAUCUGUUCUAGUCAUGUUUUAUGCUCCUUGGUGUGGACAUUGUAAAACCAUGAAACCUGAAUAUACAAAAGCAGCAGCCACAUUAAAGAAGGAUGACAUUAAAGGUGUUCUAGCAGCAGUUGAUGCUACAAAAGAAAAGAAAGUAGGAGAUCAAUUUAAAAUCACGGGUUUCCCUACAGUCAAAUACUUCAAAGAUGGAGAAUUUGCUUUUGAUGUCAGUGAGAGGACGGAGGAUAAAAUUGUGGAGUUUAUGAAAAACCCAUCAGAACCGCCCCCUCCACCACCCCCAGAGCAGAACUGGGCAGACGUACCCAGCGAUGUGGUCCACCUGACAGAUGAAAACUACAAAUCAUUUCUCCGCAAGAAGAAGCACGCCUUGGUCAUGUUUUAUGCACCUUGGUGUGGACAUUGUAAGAAGGCAAAACCAGAAUUCCAGAAUGCAGCAGCAAAGUUAGCAGACGACACAAAAGUAGCUUUUGCAGCAAUAGAUUGUACAGUUCACCAGGCAUUAUGUACACAGAAUGAGGUCACAGGGUACCCUACAUUGAAGUAUUUUAAUUAUGGCAAGAAUCCACAGAACUACAUGGGAGGCAGAGAGGAGGCAGAUUUUGUGAAGUUUAUGAAGGACCCCUCCAACCCUGGUGCCACGCCCCCUCCUCCCCCGGCAGAACCCCCCGAGAAGCAGUGGGCAGACAUCAAGGGCAUGGACAGCCUACACUUCCUAACUACCUCAAACUUUGAUACGUUCCUCCAGGAGCACAACUCAGUCCUAGUCAUGUUCUAUGCUCCCUGGUGCGGGCAUUGUAAAGCUAUGAAGCCAGCCUACGGAGAAGCUGCCAGUCUACUCAAACAAGAAAAGGUUAAUGGUGUACUGGCGGCAGUGGAUGCGACCGCUGAACCCUCGCUGGGAUCUCGAUUUAACGUCAGGGGAUACCCAACAUGUAAGUCACUGAGAAAUGGUCAGGAAGCAUUUGACUACCAAAGUGGGAGGAGUACAAAAGAUCUUGUAUCUUUCAUGAAAGAUCCCAAGGAGCCACCCCCUCCCCCGGCCCCCGAGCCGGCCUGGAGCACGGUACCCAGUAAGGUCAACCAUCUGACCUCCAAAGACUUUAAAACAUUCCUCAAGUCCAAAGCCAGUGUACUAGUCAUGUUUUAUGCACCUUGGUGUGGACAUUGUAAGAAAGCUAAGCCUGACUUCCAGGAGGCUGCAGAUAAAAUGGCCAAGGAGUCCAAAUCAAAAGCAUUCGCUGCCGUAGAUUGCACAACUAAUGAAGAUAUCUGUUCUACAGAGAAAAUAGAGGGAUAUCCAACCAUUAAACUUUAUAGUGAUGGAAUUUUUAUGGCAGAUUAUAAUGAUGAUAGAAAGGCUAAUAAAUUUUACGACUUUUUAAAAAAUGCACCAGUAGUAAAAGAGGAACUGUAAUAUCUCCUAGCCUAUUUAUAUUUAAUAAAUUUUAUUAC